AUGUUAAUAAGAAUCUUGGUAGCUAUUGAUGAAGAAUAUGAGAGCAUUUACGCUCUAACAUGGAGUUUGAAGAAGAUUGCACAGGAUGUCUUUUUCUCAUCUGAUGUUACGACAACGAAGGAGAAGUAUAGCCAACAAGUUGUUGAGUUUGUUUUAGAGCAAGACAAGGAUUUUAUGGGAAGUGUGAGCAACCACUAUGCACAGAAUGUGAAGUGUCCUGUUUUGAUAUGA